UCUCAACAUAUUCUAGGAUCUGUGGUGACAGUUUCUCUGUUAACUUCCUCCAGCUGCUUCUGUUGAUCAUCAUUCAUCUUCAUCAUGUUGAAUUACGCUGCAACCUCUUCCUUCAAUUGCCAUAACAAUCGAUUCACACCACCUCCUUUCUCUUCUAAUUACACUCUCCACCCCCCAUCUCACUCACUAUCAUCAUCAUCAUCAUCGUCUUCAUCACCUUCCCUUUCUUCUCAAUUCCAUCAAAAUUCCCCUUUGAUUCAUGUUUAUAAGCAUACCCAUUUCAAUCCUUCUCCAAGAACCAAGGGUCUGAAGGUAAGGUGCUCUCAAAACGAGCCCUUAAAAGUUAUGAUAUCAGGGGCACCUGCAUCAGGCAAAGGGACGCAGUGUGAGAUGAUUGUUCAAAAGUUCGGACUGGUGCACAUAUCAACCGGAGAUCUACUUAGAAGUGAAGUGGCUGCCGGUUCUGAGAUCGGAAAUCAAGCAAAAGAGUACAUGAAUUCAGGACGCCUUGUUCCCGAUGAAGUUGUCACCACCAUGGUAAUUGGACGACUUUCACGAGACGAUGCAAAAGAAAAAGGAUGGCUUUUAGAUGGGUUUCCGCGCAGUUUUGCCCAAGCGCAAUCACUGGAGAAAAUGAAGAUAAGACCAGAUAUCUUCGUUGCUCUAGAUGUUCCCGAUGAAAUUCUAAUAGACAGAUGUGUCGGUAGAAGGCUGGACCCUGAAACAGGGAAGAUUUACCAUAUAAAAAACUUCCCUCCAGAAACUGAGGAAGUCAAAGCAAGACUCAUAACCCGGGCCGAUGACACAGAAGAAAAGGUUAAAUCGCGUCUACAAAUUUAUAAGCAGAAUGUGGAAGCAAUAUUAUCCACAUAUUCGGACCUUUUAAAGAAGAUUGAUGGUAACCGUCCUAAAGAUGUAGUUUUUGGUGAAAUAAACUCUAUGCUAUUGCAAAUCCAGAAAGAAAAAGAGACAAAGAAAUCAGAAAACGCUAUUAAACUUAACAGCCAGUUCAACAAGUCACCUGCAACCAAGGAAAACUGGAGAGGGAUUCCCACCAACUUAAAUAACAUUCCUCAUUCGAGAGAAAUUAGGGAAUAUUUUUACGAUGAUGUGCUUCAAGCAACUCAAAGAGCUAUCAAUGAUGGAAAAACUCGAGUAAAAGUGGAGAUCAAUAUUCCUGAGCUGAACCCUGAGCAGGAUGUGUAUCGGAUAGGUACUUUAAUGGAACUUGUUCGUGUUCUUGCUCUUUCAUUUGCUGAUGAUGGAAAGCGUGUCAAGGUUUCUGUUCAAGGAUCAAUGGGAGAAGGAGCACUUGCAGGAAUGCCGUUGCAGCUUGCAGGGACCCGAAAGAUUUUGGAGUUUAUGGAUUGGGGUAAUGAUGGUGCAAUGGGGAACUUUAUAAACAUUGGUUCAAUAGGUGGCAAGGAGGUUGAUGAAGUAGAUGACAUUUUCAUUUUAGUGGCUCCUCAAAAUGCUAUGGGAAAUUGCAUCAUCGAUGAUCUAAGAGCGAUGACUAAUGCUGCUGGCAGUCGUCCAGUCAUUCUCAUUAAUCCUAGGCUCAAGGAUUUACCGGCUUCAAGUGGUAUUAUGCAGACUAUGGGUCGAGAACAAAGACUAGAGUAUGCUGCAUCUUUUGAAAUGUGCUACCAGUUCCGGCUUCUUUAUUACGCAGGAACACAAUAUCCGAUUAUGGGUGCUUUAAGGAUGGCUUAUCCAUAUAGGUAUGAGCUGUUCAAAAGGGUAAACGAUGCAAACGGGAAGGAGAAAUACGUCAUUUUGUCAACGUUUCCUAGUAGACCAACUGGUGAUGAAAUUAAUGAUGCGUUUGAAGGACGAACAAGAGAUAAAGUUAAGAAGUCAUCAGGAUUCUGGGGUUUCUUGAGUGGCAUACUCUCAACAUAGAAACAUAUUGUUUGAAAGAAAAUGUCUACUUACUAUCAAGAACAAAACAGUUGAAUAUGAAGCAACAUUUUAUGCAUCUCCUGUAAAAUAUCUAAAUGUACAUUUUUUUCUUAGAUUUUGAUACGUUUUGUAAAUUUAACGAGUUAACGUUACCCUGCGCGUUGCAGCGGGAUGUAUGUUGAUAAUGAAAGUCUUUACUAUGUUGAUUAUAAAUAUUGAAUUUAUAU